AUCAACUCAGCUGAGCUCCGCAGGCGGUGCAUUGUGGGUAUUGCGUCCCUGUGUGCACGUUUCUUAUCCAGCAUGGCAGGGAAAAACAAGAGGAAGUUGGAGGAUCUCAGUGUGGAUGAGUUCAUGUUAUCUGGGUUUGAUUCUGAUGAGGAAGAUGAUUGUGAGGAUGAGGAAUCAGCACAACAGAAAGGAAAAAAUAAGAAUCCUGCACCUCAGAAGACGUCUGUCAAAAAGAAGGGCAAGGCAUCGGAGCACAAGGACCAGCUAUCAGCGCUCAAGAGCAAAGACCCAGAAUUCUAUAAGUUUUUAGAACAAAAUGACCAGAAGCUCCUGAAUUUUGAUGACUCUGACUCUGACCUUGAAGAUGAGGAUGAGGAUGGGGAUGAAGAGGAAAGGAUGUACCACAAACUCCCUUCUCAACUGGAGGAAGCUGAUGAUGAUGAGGAGGAAUCAGAAAAGGAUGCAAAACAGGAAAAAUCAUCUAAGCACACUACCAGAGUCACAGAAGAAAUGAUUGAGAACUGGAGAAAUGGACUCAGGAAAGAGCCGACGCCAAAUUUGAUUAGGGACAUCACACAAGCCUUCAAGGCUGCUGUGGCUACAACGAAGGGCGAAUCUGAUGAGCUGUGUCGAUAUACCAUCUCAGACAGCACGGUGUUCAAUUCCCUCGUCCUGUUCUGCAUAAAGGACAUGCAUGUAGCUCUGAACAAAAUGCUGAAGCUCAAAGCUCCAGAUAAAGACCAGAAGAAAUUAAUACUCCCAUCCUCAAGUCCCAGGUGGCAGAAAAAUCAGAUUGAUAUUAAGAUGUAUGUCGCUGGUAUUGUUAAGCUCCUCUCCAGUUUAUCACAGGCCACGGUCAUAUCUGCAGUUCUCCGUCAUGCCAACCAGAUGGUGCCGUACUACCUGUGUCUGCCGAAACAGUGCAGGCUCUUUCUCAAAAGCCUGAUCAAACAUUGGAGCACAGGAGAGGAGACUGUGAGGGUCCUGGCCUUUCUAGCUCUAAACAAAAUCUGCCGGCACAAACAGGAAGUCCACCUAAACUCUGUUCUCAAGCAAAUGUACAUCGCCUACGUACAGAACUGCAAGUUCACGUCACCCACCACUCUUCCAAUGAUUAAUUUCAUGCAGCGGACUCUCUCCGAGAUGUACUCACUGGACACCCAGGUGUCCUACCAGCACGCCUUUAUUUACAUCCGUCAGCUAGCCAUCCACCUCAGGAACGGCAUGAAUUUGAAGAAGAAGGAGACUUUUCAAUCUGUGUAUAACUGGCAGUAUGUGCACUGUCUGUAUCUGUGGUGUCGUGUGUUGAGCACCAUAUACCCCAGUGAGGUUUUGGAGCCAUUGAUCUACCCACUGUGUCAAGUCAUCUCCGGCUGCAUCAAGCUUGUGCCCAUCUCCCGGUAUUACCCUCUGCGACUGCAUUGCGUCAGAGCGAUGAUCCUACUUUCUGGCAACACCAAGACAUUUGUGCCCGUCCUGCCCUAUCUGCUAGAGAUCCUUCAGCAGGAAGACUUCAAUAAGAAACCAGGCCGCAUGAGUGUAAAGCCCAUCAAUUUUGCAGUGAUCCUCAAACUCAGCAAGACCAAUCUCCAAGAGAAGGCUUAUAAGGAUGGUUUAGUGGAGCAGUUGUAUGACCUCAUUUUGGAGUACUUCCACACUCAGGCCUGCACCAUUGGCUUUCCUGAGCUGGCUCUGCCCACCAUCGUUCAGCUGAAAGCGUUCUUGAAGGAAUGCAAAGUGGCCAAUUACUGCAAGCAGAUGCGGCAGCUGUUGGAGAAGAUACAGGAGAACUGCAGCUACAUCACAGCACGAAGGCAGAAAGCUGCGUUUGGCGUGGCUGAUGUCGCAGCUGUGGCGGCCUGGGAGAAGGAAGUAGCAGAGGAAGGCACCCCUAUCACUAAAUAUUACAGCCAGUGGAAGAAACUUCGCGAAAAGGAGAUUCAGUUGGAGAUCUCUGGGAAAGAAAGGAUGGAGGAUUUGAAUCUCCCUGAAAUCAAGCGCAAGAAGGCUGAAGACAAAAAAGAAGACAAAAAGGAGUUCAAGGGACUUUUUGAUUCAGAUAGUGACGAUAAUGAUGACGACCUGUUCCAAUCCAAAGGUGAACAGGGUGACUCUGAUGAGGUUGAUGAAGGCCUCGAGGACCUCUCAGACCUGAGCGAUGAAGAGGCUGUAGAUGACUCGGAGGAGGAUGAUUCUGAUGGUGACCAGAAAAAGCCCUCGUCUUCUAAAGGCAAAGCACCAAAGAAGAUGUUGAGCACAGAGCUGAAGGAGGUCGCUGAGGGAGAUGAAGAUAUGGUUGAGGACCUAGAGCUCUCUGAUCAGGAGGACUAAAAAUACAGUGGUUACAUCAGAGGGACAUUUCUAUUUCACAUCCAAACAUGAUUGAUACUGUUAUUAAAUGAAUAGCUCGCCAAGACAUGAAACAUUUAGGGAUGAACUGUUCCUUUAAAAGCCAUGUACAUUUGCACCAUUGUAUUUUAUAAAGUGUGAAACAAAACAAAUGGACUCUACUUUUUCAUCUAAUGCUUCAUAAUGUUGUCAAAUUAAAGAUGACCUGAACUUUGUUAUAAAACCA